CCGACGAAGAGAGGAAGGAGGGAGGGGUGUAAUAAUGGAGGUGGGCGGUUCGGUGCUUGGUGCUGAAGGAUACACUGAAGAAGAAGAAGAAGAUCCCUGAGCUCGGAUCGCGCUUCUACACCCGCCCUCCCCCCCCCCUCCCUAUCUGCGCUCGAUUGUGGAUCCUGUGGAGCGCCGGGGAACCGCCGCUGCUCUAGCACUGAGUGUGUGUACACGGACACAUAGAGCCAGCAGCAGCAGCAGCCGCCGCUCGGUGUGCCCGUGUGAGUGUGCCCGAGUGAGUGUGCGAGGCGGCUGCGCAGCUCCUGUGCGCACUCUACCACACUGGCAUUCAGAGGAGGAGGCCAGGCACACAACUGAAAGAAAGUACUCUGCCCAGCCCGGCAGCGGCUCCCAGACCCCCGGCCCCCGCCAGCAUGGCUUCGGAGGAACUCUAUGAGGUAGAAAGAAUUGUUGACAAAAGGAAAAAUAAAAAAGGUAAAAUAGAAUAUCUGGUGCAUUGGAAAGGAUAUAACAGCGGUGAUGAUACCUGGGAGCCAGAACAACACUUAGUAAACUGUGAAGAAUAUAUUCAUGAAUUUAACAGAAGACACAAUGAAAAGCCAAAAGACAACAACACAAUAGCUAAAGCAAAUAGGACAUCUCCCAAUAAUGCCAGAAAACAAAUCUCCAGGUCAACUCAUAGUUCUUUUUCAAGAAUCUCUCCAAAAUCUUUGACUUUUAAUAAGGACAGUGAAUCAAAAAAUGCACCACUUUCUGCUAGUCCAAAAUUGCGCAAAAGUCCUUCCCAAAUAAUUCCAGUCAGGAAAAAUAUGGACCUUUCUAGAUCUGGCAUUAAAAUACUUGUACCUAAAAGUCCAAUGAAAAACAGGAGUUCAAUAGAUGGAUUUCAGAAUGAAACUGGAGAAAAAUUAAAUCAAAUUGAACAGGAGCAGGAUUCUGUUGCACCUGAAGUGACUGCUGAAAAACCAGUUGGUGCUUUACUGGGACCUGGUGCAGAAAGGGCUCGAAUGGGUAGCAGACCAAGACCACCAUCGCUGGUUCCACAGAUUCAGCUUCCAUUGACCAUUACAGCUACAUCAGCAUUAGCAGUAAAUGGAAAAGGCACGUCUCCAUUCAUGCAGGCAUUAACUGAAAAUGGUACCAGCAAUAUACAGACCUCAGUAGCAGGAGUAACAGGCAAGCGGAGGUUUAUUGAUGAGAGAAGAGACCAAUCUUUUGAUAAAAGGCUACGAUUCAGUGUAAGACAAACUGAAAGUGCUUACCGGUACAGAGACAUUGUUGUGCGAAAACAGGAUGGAUUCACACACAUUUUACUUUCCACAAAAUCAUCUGAGAAUAAUUCAUUGAAUCCAGAGGUAAUGAAGGAAGUCCAGGGUGCACUAGCUACAGCAGCUGCAGAUGACAGCAAGCUAGUUCUUUUUAGUGCAGUUGGAAGUGUGUUUUGCUGUGGUCUUGAUUUUAUUUAUUUUAUAAGACGCUUGACAGAUGAUCGAAAAAGAGAGAGUACCAAAAUGGCUGAUGCAAUUAGGAUAUUUGUGAAUACUUUUAUUCAGUUUAAGAAACCAAUUAUCGUUGCUGUAAAUGGACCUGCAAUUGGACUUGGAGCAUCUAUAUUGCCACUUUGUGAUGUUAUCUGGGCAAAUGAGAAAGCUUGGUUUCAAACACCUUACACUACUUUUGGACAGAGCCCUGAUGGCUGUUCAUCUUUGUUGUUUCCUAAAAUUAUGGGUCUUGCAUCGGCAAAUGAGAUGCUACUCAGUGGAAGAAAGCUGACUGCACAAGAGGCCUGUGCUAAAGGUCUGGUUUCUCAGGUGUUCUGGCCUGGGACAUUCACACAAGAAGUUAUGAUUCGCAUUAAAGAACUUGUGACCUGCAAUCCAGUAGUACUUGAAGAAUCCAAAGCUUUAGUCCGAAAUGUUAUGCGUGGCGAUCUGGAACAGACAAACGAAAGAGAGUGUGAAGUACUUAAGAAGAUCUGGGGAUCUGCUCAAGGAAUGGACUCUAUGCUGAAAUACUUGCAAAGAAAAAUUGAUGAAUUCUAAAAAACAAACAAAAAAAAACCCUCCACAACUAAAAAAACAUUGCUUGUUUUAUAAAGUAGCCUUGAAACGUUUAACGGGACAUCUUUCUAUUUGUGGUGCCGUAGAUUAUUUAAAGGUUAUUUUUCUUUUCUUUUUUUUACAAAUAUCAACUAAAGCCUGCCAUCAAUUGUUCCCAGGCACAAGGCAUGGAGUGUUCUUUUCAUAUUCUUAGCAAUCCACGUCUUGAACUUUGGUAUGUACUAAGAAGAGAUCUAUGAAAAACUAUGUGUGACAGGGAAGUCUGGAAAAUGCUUAUUUUUUUUGUUCAUAAUAUAUAUAUAAAAAUAUAAAUAUAUAUUUAAAAUGAAAACGGGUAGCAGCAAACCCUUACUUUCAUUACCCACUGAGGUAGGACUGAGACAAUAUUUGUUUCAGAAGAAGGUAAAAUACCUCAGAUAUGAACUUUUGUUUGUUUUAAUGGCUUCAGAAAACAAUUCCCACAGGACUAUAAAUGUUUACGGAUGCAUUUUAACAACCCCACAUCCCAACUAUCCCAAAAAAGUGUGCGUGUGUUCUCAGGACAUGCUAAUAAAAAGAAAACCUCUUCAUGCUGUCA